GCCCAGAUUGGAGUCGGGCUUCAAUCAGUUGGUUGCCAGCUCGCACAUUUUAUACGAGGGAUUAGGAAAGUGUGUUCCAUUUAAACAGCCAUUCUGAUGGUAAUCUGGCCAAACUCCCAGCAUAGCAAGUUAGUGGUGACAAAUCAGACACGAAGCCAGUGAGAAAGCCUGCAUGACAUUGUUGAAUAUGAUAUUAGCCAAGUGACAGAUCUCCCAUUCAAUUCAACAGUCACUGCUACAGGUGGUGUCAGAGAUCGGUGACACAGUGGUGGAGAGAACACCUUGCUGCCUCUGCCUUGAUCGCCAGAGUCAAUGUCCUUCACAUGUCACACAGAAGGGGCUGGGUGCUCCUGGCAACGACAUAUAGACCUAUUGAUCCGUCCAUUCCAUCACAGGCUUGAAACGCAACACGAGCCGUGCCGAUCGCCAACCGCUGCUGAGGAUUGCUGUUGUUGGAAGUAAUGGUCCCGGAGUAGUUGACAGAAUCGGGAGAGUCGGCUGACAGAAGGGCGGACAGUGCUAGGGAUAGGGGCAGCACUUUAAAUGGACGACAUCUAUUAAACGUAUGCUUACUUGAGAAUGAAGAUAACCCAGCCAAGUGUCCCCAGUCAUGAAGGCUGCCAGGGGUAGAUUGCACCCUGGUUGGAAGGAACUCACCCAGCACUGGUGAUAACAGUACUCCAUAUCCAGAACAGAGGGGUUGAUAACGGGUGACAGGCAUCAAGAUGGAUGAGAACACGCUUGCCUAUCACACUAAGCUUCACCAGUGGUAUGAGCUCCACAGACUCAACCGUAGCGGAGACAUGGCCAGUCUCAAGCUCCCAGAAGAUGGAGCUCAUCUCACUCCGCAAAAGGCUGUUGAAAUUGACCUGUGGAGAAAGGAGGUCAAUAAAAUCUUCGUAAAACCGAAGAAAAUCGAGAAGAAAUCUGAAUUCUGGAGAUGUCAUAUGAGCUCCGACCUCGGCUACUAAAUAUUACAAUAACUCCGACCCACGUCGGGUCAAAUCGGCCAGAUUCUUCUCCAACCGGAACAAAACAGGAGCAGUUGACAUCAAUGCUUUGCCAUCUCACUUGGCUGAAAUGUCCAUCCAUUACAACCGUGAACGAAGGGGUGUUUACACACCAGGGUUCUCAGCCGAAGACUUGCUGGUUAAGGGUAGAAAGCAAGAGCUUCACCUACCGCAGUUUCUCCGAGCAAUCCGAGGUCAAGGGUCAGAUGAAGGGACAAGUCAAAGAGGAGGCACCCAUGUUUCCAUCCCCAAUCCUGUCCGUGACUGUGAAGUUACAACCAACAAUGAGUCAGGUGUAUGCACAGAAACAGCCGACGAGGCCCCAGAGGGCCGAAAAGCUAUUGUCUGUGAUCGCUCUCAAUCAAACAACCUCCUGAAUGUCAUGUCUAUCGAUGACUGUAAAAUGGGUCUCAGAUACCGACCACAACGAGUGAUUAGCUCUCAUGAGUUGGAGAGAUGUGAUGAUUCAACAAACGGUGACAGUAACAUAGAUGAAAAUGGGAAUGCUCAUCCCUUACGAAUUAGCCAAGGGACUGGAUCAGGAAUGACACCAGUCUCCCAAACAAGAAUUAACUCAUUACUUUCUGCUCAGAGAAUAAAACACAAGCACUUGGUGAUAAAUGGCAACAAUGUGGCUCCAGAACGACCUCAGUCGGCCAUCUUGGCUCGAGCCUUUGACACUAUCCUACAAGAAAACUCCAUGCUAUCAGCCCCACUGCACCCAAAGGAGGUUCGUUUCUUUGCUGGCAGCAAGGACAUGGGGUACCCCGCCAAUGGUAAGCACAUUUAUCAAAGACUAAACUCAACACUUAAGAACAAAAUGAACAAUGUGGUGAAGGCACGGUGUGAUGGCUUAAGGCGAAAGGACUCAAUAAGCGCUCGUGUGCAAUACAAUGGAACAGACAGCCUUAAGUUCAGUAAAAGGUCAACAGCCACAGAAUCUCUUGUCUCUGAUGAUGCUAAGCAGCUGUAACCGAACUUGUGUGAAAUGAGUCGAGGUUGAGGUCACAAGGAUCUCCAAGGUCACGGGGAUGACAGAAUCCUUAGACUCCGAUGAUGCCGAACAGCUGUAACAAAACCUUUGACAUGUGUUUCGUUCUUGAGGUCAAAGAGGAUGAAAGAAUCAUUCGAGUCUGAUAAUGCCGAACAGCUGUAACAAAACCUUUGACAUGUGUUUCAUUCUUGAGGUCAAAGAGGAUGAAAGAAUCAUUCGAGUCUGAUAAUGCCAAACAGCUGUAACACAACCUUUGACAUGUGUUUCAUUCUGAAGGUCAAAGAGGAUGAAAGAAUCAUUCGAGUCUGAUAAUGCCGAAAAGCUGUCACAGAACCUUUGUUUGAAAAGUGUUGUGUUCUCCCAGGUAACGAGGAUGAGAUAACCUUUCAACUCCCAUGACCCCGAACAGCUGUAACACAACGUUUGCUUGAUAUGUGUUUUCUGAGGUCACGAAUAUGACAGAAUCCUUCAACUCAGAAGAUACCAAACAGCUGGAACUGAACCUUUGUUAGAAAUGUGUUGAUUGUUUUAAUAUUGGAAGAACAAUCCUACCAUUAUCUUUGAAAUGUGUUGCAUUCUCUGACAUUGCAAAGACAACAGAACCCUUCGGCUCUGAAGAUGCCGAACAGUUUUUACUGUGUUAUUUGACUGAAAUGUGUUACUCUUGGAGGGAUGUUUUCAGUUUCUUUGAGGAUAGAGAUCAGUGUUGUCCAUAUUCUUGUUCUUCUGAGUGAGGGAACCUGGAUUAUAUCAUACUGGGUAGACUUUUCGUGGUAAGUUUCUUUUACAGUAUAAAAACCUGGGGUACUUUAUGAAUGAAUGGUGUUGUUCUGUUCAAUGAUGAUCCAAUGUUGAUGAACUUUGUCUUGCACUAUUCACACUGAAGGGAUACAAAUAAGAAUCGUCUCCAUCUGUUUAAAUUUUGUGUGUGAAUAACAUCCUUGUGAAUUGAUGGCUGAAAGUCACAGCAGAAACUAUAACUUAAUAAAAUGUUUGGUUACCAUGGUUA